AUGAGUACAAUUGAAGUACUCCGACAAAUGUUUAGUCAAUGGGGUAUUCCUCAAAUUGUAGAUUCUGACAAUGGAACUCAGUUUACAGCUUCAGAAUUUAAAGAUUUCAUGAAAGCUAAUGGUAUAAUUCAUAAGUAUUCCUGUCCAGGUCAUCCGGCUACUAAUGGACAGGCCGAAAGAUUUGUCCAAUCUAUGAAGCAAGGUUUAAAAGCCGCAGUUAAUGAUAAGUGUUCGAUUCAAACAAGGUUAAGUAAAUUCCUCUUAGCAUAUAGAAAUGCCGAGCACAGCCUGACUAAGAAAUCACCUGCUCAGUUGUUCUUAAUGCGAACUCAAGACCAAAUAUACAGGUAA